CCCCAGGAGCUCGGCGCGCCGCGGGCCCCCAGCCCAAGGCGAAGCGGGAGAACACCGGGCGCCGGCGGACCGGCCGGAGGAUGGGCAGUCGCUCUGCUCUGCACCCGGCCGAUCUCCAGGGCGGUUCGGGGCAAGUGGGCGGGGGCUCCGGGCCAGCGGCCGCGGGGCCGGGGCGGGCCGGCCGGCGGGGCAUUUAAACCCAGCUGCUGCGGGCUGGGACGCGCCGCCCCGCACCCUCCGCCCCGCGCCGUGCACCUCGCCGCCGACUUCGGGCCCCGGCAGGCAGGCAGGAUGCGGUCCUCCUUGGCUCCGGGCAUCUGGUUCCUCCGCACCUUCUCCAGGGACAGCUGGUACCGAGGCUUCAUCCUGCUGCUCACCUUCCUCAUCUACACGUGUUAUCACAUGUCCAGGAAGCCCAUCAGUGUGGUGAAGAGCCGUCUGCACCAGAACUGCUCAGAGAUCAUCCAGCCCCCCAAUGCCACCCACAGUCCCAACGACACCACCUGGUGCAACUGGCCUCCGUUUGACCAGGACAACUACAAGGAGCUGCUGGGCGCCGUGGACAACGCCUUCCUGGUGGCCUACGCCAUCGGCAUGUUCAUCAGUGGGAUUUUCGGGGAGCGGCUCCCUCUUCGUUACUACCUUUCAGCCGGAAUGCUGCUCAGUGGCCUCUUCACCUCGCUCUUUGGCCUGGGGUAUUUCUGGGACAUCCACGUGCUCUGGUACUUCGUGCUCAUUCAGAUCUGCAAUGGACUCGUCCAGACCACAGGCUGGCCCUCGGUGGUGACCUGCGUGGGCAACUGGUUUGGGAAGGGGAGGCGGGGGCUCAUCAUGGGCAUCUGGAAUUCCCACACAUCCGUGGGCAACAUCCUGGGCUCCCUGAUCGCCGGCAUCUGGGUGAGCGAGCAAUGGGGCCUGUCCUUCGUCGUCCCCGGUGUCAUCACGGCUGCCAUGGGCAUCGUCACCUUCCUCUUUCUCAUCGAGUACCCAGAGGAUGUGGACUGCACCACCCCUCAGCACCACGGGGAGCCGGAUGAGAAGCAGGACAGCCCUGAGGACGCCGGGAACAACCCCUACUGCCACCAGGAGAGCAGCCUGGAGGCGGCCGCAGGAUGCUCCAAGGAGCCAGGCGCUCAGCCCGCGGCCAUCAGCUUUUGGGGGGCGCUCAUGAUCCCGGGUGUCAUCGAGUUCUCUCUGUGUCUGCUCUUUGCCAAGCUGGUCAGCUACACCUUCCUCUACUGGCUGCCCCUCUACAUCUUCAAUGUGGCUCACUUCAGUGCCAAGGAGGCAGGGGACCUGUCUACGCUCUUCGACGUCGGUGGCAUCACAGGUGGCAUCCUGGCGGGGCUCAUCUCCGACUACACCAAUGGCAGGGCCACCACCUGCUGCGUCAUGCUGAUCUUGGCCGCCCCCAUGUUGUUCCUGUACAACCGCUUUGGCCAGAGCGGGAUUGCCAGCUCCAUAGUAAUGCUGAUCGUCUGCGGGGCCCUGGUCAAUGGCCCUUACGCGCUCAUCACCACGGCUGUCUCCGCUGACCUCGGGACACACCAGAGCCUGAAAGGCAACGCAAAGGCCCUGUCCACCGUCACGGCCAUCAUCGACGGCACCGGCUCCAUAGGUGCGGCUCUGGGGCCUCUGCUGGCCGGGCUCAUCUCGCCCACGGGCUGGAACAACGUCUUCUACAUGCUCAUCUCUGCUGACGUCCUGGCCUGCUUGGUAUCAAGAACUAUGAGGCCCCGAUUGGAAGAGAAGCGUGGAGGGCCCCAAAGUGCUCCCCGUGGCAAGACCAUUGAAUCUGGGGACACUGAGACAAAAGCCUCUUGAUUCUCACACCAGCCCUCCCAGCACACGGGGACCCUGAGGGGCUGGGGGAGUCUCCAUGGGGAGAGGCCGGCCAGGCGGAAGGCGUCUCCAUCCUGCAGAGGGAAAUACCUGCUCAGACUCCUGCUGGUUCAGAUCCCAGGACGGAGGCCGAGGCUGCCCAGGGCCAACGCCGGGAAAGGCAUGUCUGUCCUUUCUGUGCAGAAUUGAACCUCUGUCAUCAGCUUGUACCUACAGAUGGGAUUCUGACCCGAUUUCAGAGCAGCCCAGCCUCUCUUCGUCCCUUUGUUCACAAGCCAUUGAUCGCCAUUUGAACCUGUUUCUACCUCCUGACCCAUUUGGAUUGAAGCAUCGUUGCUGUAUCCAGGGCCAGGACUAGGGGGAGGUGCAGAAGGCGUCAUUCUUGGGCCUCCUCUGCCGCACCCUUGUCCCGACCUCUAUGUCUCAAGUAGAGACCACACAUCAGGGCAGUGCUGUGGGGAGUGGGAGCCAGGACUGAAAAUACCAGUGUGUAUGUGUUUUUUUUAAUAUAUAUAUUUUAUUGAUUUCAGAGAGGAAGGGAGAGGGAGAGAGAGAUGGAAACAUCAAUGAGGAGAGAGAAUCAUCGAUUGGCUGCCUCCUGCAUAUGCCCCCUACUGGGGUUGGAGCCCGAAACCCAGGCAUGUGCCCUGAUGGGAAUCGAACCAUGACCUCCUGGUUCAUAGAUGGAUGCUCAACCACGGAGCCACACCGGCCGGGCCCAGUGUGUGUUUUGAUUAAAAUGCCAGUGUUUUGAU